GGUUCACAUGUUAAAAAUUGUUCAGCAGUGACUACAAGCCCCUCCCCACAAUUUACGGCUAAAUAUUAGUAUAAGAUCUAAAAGGUGAAAGCCCACAUUGUUUCUUAUCUUCCCCGAACUGACCCAGUUAAACAAAAUCCCAUUUCUCAGCUAGAAGUUGAUAGAACCAGGUAAUAUCCAUAUAGCUAUCCACUUUGCUGGGUCUAUCAUAUUGAUAUUCAUAGCUCCAGGUUCUACCAAGUGUUUCUCUUUUAACAGUUUCUUGUUUUUCCAACAUUCAAACAUUGGUCUCUGGUUUAUUCUGGUUUCAAUGCUGGAAGAAACUCAUACAUUAAGUUCAUACAGUUAGUUUGAUAGAUCAUAGAUGGCUAUUUCUGUGUAAACAGACAUAUACAUGGCUUGUUUUCCUGUUGUUUACAAUACUGGGUUUCUCAUUUCUCAAGAGAAAUUGGGAGUUCAUUGUGGAAAAACCAAGUCUUUGGUUAGGUAUAGAGGUUUUUGUUGUAGUUCAUUUGUAUUGCCCUCUCUGGGGUUCUCUAUAUGUUGCAAAUCUCUACAUGGGUUGUCCUGGAACAGUAAGCUUAGUUCAAUAAUUAAUGGGAAAAGUGGAUUGGGGUUUUAUAAUUGUUGUAAAUCUCAACGUGGGUUGUUGUCUUGUAACAAUGGAAUUGUGCCACUGAGGAGUGGAAACACUGGAGAUAAACAGACCCACUUGGGUGAAAGAGAGAAUGGGUAUUUAAGAUUUAGAAGGGGGUUUUCAUUAAGAUUACGCCCGAGGUUAAGGUUAUUACGUAUAAGACUUAAAAAAGUUUUGAUUAGCUCAAUGUUGAAUGAAGUUAAAACAUUUUUGCGGAAGAAUUUGAGACGAGUGGCUCUUUUAUCAAUUUCUAUUGCAUUGGGGUUGUGCUAUUUGUUAGUGAAAUUAACGGCAUUGCCGGCUCCAACAAUUGUUCCAUAUUCCAACUUGAUAUUGAGCCUUCAAAAUGGAUCUGUUACGAAGGUUUUACUUGAAGAGGGAUCUCGUCGUAUAUUUUACAAUACUGACUUGCAAAGUGUUGCGAGUACUCAAACAUCAAAUGAGGAAUCACCAGUAAUAAAUGUUGCAACUGAGAAUGAAGCUGAUAAGGUUGCAAUAGAUGAUGGUUCAAAAACUGGCAAAGCACUGAAUUUGAGCAUAUUGAAAAAAUUCUCUAGAACUCGAGCUUCUAAGCCUGAGUGGCAGUAUUCAACGAGAAAAAUUGAUCAUGAUGAGAAGUUUCUCCUUAGUUUGAUGAGAGAGAAGGGAAUUACAUAUAGCUCAGCCCCACAAUCAGUGUUGGCGUUGAUGAGGAGGACUUUGAUAACUAUUAUAUCUUUAUGGAUUCCUCUGAUUCCUUUGAUGUGGCUUCUUUAUCGGCAACUCUCUGCUGCGAAUAGCCCAGCAAGAAAGCGGCAACCAAAUAAUCAGAUGGUUGGGUUUGAUGAUGUGGAGGGUGUUGAUGCUGCCAAGGUGGAGCUUAUGGAGAUAGUUUCAUGCCUGCAAGGAGCUGUUAACUAUGGAAAGCUAGGAGCAAAAUUACCUAGAGGUGUAUUGCUUGUGGGCCCUCCUGGAACAGGAAAAACAUUACUGGCCCGUGCAGUGGCUGGAGAAGCAGGAGUGCCAUUUUUCACUGUUUCUGCAAGUGAGUUUGUGGAAAUGUUUGUUGGAAGAGGAGCAGCUCGCAUACGAGACCUUUUUAAUGUGGCAAGGAAGUGUGCUCCUUCAAUCAUAUUCAUUGAUGAACUUGAUGCAGUUGGGGGCAAGCGCGGUAGAAGUUUUAAUGAUGAACGUGACCAAACACUAAACCAGUUGCUGACAGAAAUGGAUGGAUUUGAGUCAGACAUGAAAGUAGUUGUUAUUGCAGCCACUAAUAGGCCUGAAGCAUUGGAUCCAGCUCUCUGUAGGCCUGGUCGCUUCUCAAGAAAAGUACUUGUAGGAGAACCAGAUGAUGAAGGAAGGAAAAAGAUAUUGGCUGUACAUUUGAGAGGAGUUCCUCUAGAGGAAGACGUACAUCUUAUCUGUGAUCUAGUUGCUUCCCUGACUCCAGGUUUUGUAGGUGCUGAUCUUGCCAACAUUGUCAAUGAAGCUGCAUUACUUGCUGCUCGUAGAGGCAGUGAAACUGUGACAAGGGAAGAUAUAAUGGAGGCUAUUGAAAGAGCAAAAUUUGGAAUCAAUGAUAAGCAGCUGAGGCCCGGUACACUAAGCAAGGAACUUGGCAAACUGUUCCCCUGGAUGCCUGCUCUGGUGGGAAGGAAUGACACCCGACAGAAUGGACUGCAAGGUCCUCUAGGCUAUCAAACUCUUAGCUAAACAUCCUCUUCAUUACAACACCUAAGGUUGCAUCCAACAAAACAUCUCAACAGCUCCUAGCACCAACAGAAUUGGAGAAAUAGUCUUCUAUUGUUAUUUUUGUAAAUUAGAUUGAUCCAAAAGAUAGAUUAGAUGCAUCAGAAACAAGAACUCUUUGCAGGGGCAUGGGAAUUGAGAUGGAUUUUCAACACACCAGAGAAGGGACUGCUCUGUGCUGCACUGUCUUCACAUCUUUUAACUUCCUAACCAAACAUACAACUAAAUGUGUAACAUAUUAUAAUACCAUCUACAAUGGAAAUGAUAGUCCAAUUAUAUAUUGCAUCCUUCUUUGUGAGUGACUGCUUCAAUCACAAUAGCAGUAUCACACUCCAUUAUGACUCUGUUCCAUCCCUCUCCAAUGCUCCAAUUGCUUUGACAUUGGUUUAAUGAUUUUUUUCCAUGCUUGAAACAUUCUGCCUUAUGGUCCUUGUGAUAACUGAUAGGCAGCCUUGCUUCUUCCUCAUUUUCUGCAUCAACAUAAUCUUAAUAAAGCUCUCUUGAGGGGAGGAAUGGCGCUCCAUGGUGGGAGGCUUUGAUUCACUGCCAUUAUUGGGUUUUUACUUUUGAAGCUAGUGUAUGCUUCUGUCACAAUGGUUGGGACUUCCAUGUGUAAAUAUUUAAGUCUUCAGGCAAACCUUAUUCCAACCUUGCGGAUUGUCUCAUUGUCACUGCUGCAUAAAGUGUAAACUGGUCUUUUGGGAUUCAUGGGUCUAGAAGAUUUCUGGUGUGUUUGCUAGCUGUCCAGUUGGGACAACUUCUCUCCAUGCUGCUUCCAUUUCCUGCUUCUUUUUCACUCUACUUUCUCCAUAAAUGAAUCAAAGCCUUGAGUUAAAUUACAAUAAAUAGGCCAAACUUUAUUUGACCUCGAAAACAAUCAGUGCACCUUUUUUUUUUUUCUUUUUUUGCUGAACAAUAAAACCCCAGAAACCCGUUCUGCAUUGAUUGACAUUUGGUACUGCUCAAUCUCAACCUGGUAUCAUUGGAGCUUCCUUGGAAUUUUGAACUACAGACCUCUUAAGAUUCAGUCCCUCAGUUUACAUUGGACCAAUAGGCCAUCUAUAAAUAUAUAUACUCAUAUAGAAACACGUUCAGCCUACAUAUAUGCUCAAAGGAUGUCUCAUUUUAAGUGCCCAUGAUGUUUGGGCUCGGAGUUCAGACAAUCCAUAAAAUCUCACUCUGCCCUUUUGGUCUUUAGGAAAUUUUUGCCAGAGCUUUUGACAUCCUUUUUGUUAUUCCCUUUCCCUUUCCAGCCUUUCAGAAAUCUUUAGCCAGUUAUUAUAUGACCUUUCAAGCUAUUGUUUUUUUUCCCAACAAGAACAAAAAAUUUCACAAAUUUUCCACAAUUGUUAAGGUGGUAUAUUGUGAUUGGUGCACAAUAAAAGUGGUGUAUGUAGAGGGUUCAAGUGAUGUUGCACUAGUCACAACUUGUCAAUAACAUUACUUAAUUUUUUAAUCCAAGUUUUGAACAAUAAACAA